GUCCUUUGACAUCAUUCGUUGUUCGCAAGUUUUUCAAACUGUUCAAAAUGUCUAUAUUUUCUCAGGUUAUUCCCUCGUUCAGAUCUUUUCUUCACCCACAAGAUCUCGCAUCUACAACCUUUCAGCAUUCAUUCCAAUCCCCUGAUCCCGCCACCUUUCUUGAGCACAUUCUAUCUCACUUCACAGAAGAGACAUGAAUGAUGAAUCCAAUCAACUCUCAGACUAACGACGGGGGAACCUCCCUGGGAUCUCAAGAUCUUCAGAUGACUGACUCCAAUCUCAAUGAGGUUCGUCAGACUUCUCUUCCGGGAGGUUCCCAAGCAGCUUUGCUGACCAACCCUUCUUCAGAUGUUGACGAUGAUAUCGUCUUUCAAUACCACUACAUCCAUUGCAACUUGUGUUCCCACCAGGUACCCACCAUGGAGCACAUGUCGCAGCACGUCAGUCAGUGGCAUUCUGGCCUAUGGCUUUGUACGGAUUGUGGAAUAGUGUUUUCGACUGACUACGAGCUCGACGAUCAUUCGCUUUAUUGCAGCGGAUAUCCACAUGAGCCUAUAUCUCAUCCUGCCGCUUGUCCCUCUGAGGAUAUUGCUCUAUGUCCGCGAGCCUACAGUACGUUCAGAGACCUCUGGGCACAUUUUGUGGUUAAUCAUACCAACGAGUGGAUCAGGAUCGAGGUCGACUGUGCCUUUUGUGGAAACAAGGAGAAAGUGCAAUUCAUUGAACUCCAUGAAAGUUUCUGCAACAAGAAUAACACUGAAGAAAGAGGAUCCAACGAUAAUCUCGAUGGAGAGCCAAUGGCUCCUGGCGACGAAGACGAUGAGCAUUACAUAAGUAGAAUACUGAUGGGACUUUCGGAGAACAACGCCGCAGCGGGACCGGUUGAUGCCCUGCAACUUCACAGCCGGGAUCUUCCAAUCCGAACCGCCGUGCCUCUGAAUGAUUCUAGCAACGUGGGACCAUCGAGCGGACGAAAGCGGACCCAUUCGAAUACCAACGAGGAGAGCGCAAAUAAGCGCGUCAAGCUUUCUGCCUCUUCGUCUUCUCUUUCAGAGAAACCCGGUGAUGGUGAAAGGCUUUCUGCCACACUUUUGAAUCGCUGGUCGUACACCUCCGCACAGGAAAGACAUGAGCAACCCCAAGGAUUGAGCCAGGAAUCCGGCAGCGGCGGACUUCCUCCUGGUAUCACUGUUCCUACCCUCAAUAUCGUUUCCCCCAGCAGUUCCAGUGCGUCGGAUGACUCGUUUGACUCCUGUACUUCUCAGGAUCUCGGUCUUUUUGUUGACCCCACUGAAUACCUUCAUCCCCAUUAUGUGCCGCGCAAUAUGCGUGAAAAGAGCGCCUUGCGUCGGUCUAGGUCCCGUCGACGUCGUUAGUUCCUCGUCUGGAGUCAGCAUUCAGCAUGCCCUAAAUAUUUCAUUUACU